UACCAUUUAUCCUCAAGAAAUGAGAAAUUAUGCAUUGGAUGAUGGUACUUUCCAAAAUAUCCGAUUAUUAGAUGAUGCUUUUACCAAAAUUUGUGAUAUGGUAAAUGAUAGAUCUGUAAAGGUUCGAAGUAAGGGUGAUUUAGAUGUAGAAUCAGCUGAAUUACGUAUUUUGAAAUCUAGUGCUUGUGGCGCAUUUAUUCAUGGGUUAGAGGAUGCAUACCAGGAUGUUCGUAAUGCUGCGAUUGACAUGUUUCAGGAUGAGAUUGAUUUCGUGCGGUUGAAUUCCAUCAACAGUCUUUGCAAAAUUGGUGCACAAUAUCCCAUCGAAUUGGAUUCUGAAUUAUUGCAAAUUACACUUAGUGUACUUAACGAUGCUGAUCCUAGGGUUCGAGA